CACUUUUGAGUAUAAAGAAAACAGAAAAAGAAGAAGCUGGGUGUAAAACAAAAUAACACAAACACAUAGAUGAGAGAUGCCAAAGGAGCCCAGCGUAGGAGGAGGAGGAGGCUGUAUUCACUGGACACCAGUCGCCCUCUGUUGCGGAUUGGAUCAACUGGAGUUGAUUGGAUGAAAAGGAACAGGGGCGGAUUUGAGCGAUAUACACAGCAGAAUUGGCGGUGGAUGCCCUUUUGUUCAGUAAUUUCAAGCUUCGGCACUGCUACAGGGUGGCUAACAAGGCAGUGGACUCUCUUGCAAGGAUGGGUUGUUGCCAAGUGGAUCCCCUUUUAUCAAAGUAGAAAAUUUCUGCUACCGCCACGACGAACAGAUCAAAAUCGAACAUUUCCACCACUAAAUGGAGCCAUUGCUUGCAGGCCUAUAGUAGCAGUUGCUGGAGCUUCUAUUUUUUUGGCAUUUUGUCUGUAUGUGGGGAAUGUUGUGGUGGCAUCAACUCCCCUAUCCCGACGCCAGUAUCUUCAACGUAGAAAUGGGCUCACAGGUAUUACUAUGGACAAAUCUGUUGAGUUCUCAUAUGAAGAGCUUGCAAUAGCUACUGAUGACUUCAGCCUAAAUAAUAAGAUUGGGCAGGGUGGCUUUGGAUCUGUUUACCAUGCAGAAUUACGAGGAGAGAAAGCUGCAAUUAAGAAGAUGGAUAUGCAAGCAUCUAAAGAAUUUCUUUCUGAACUGAAGGUUUUAAACAAUGUUCAUCACUUGAACCUGGUUCGCUUAAUAGGAUAUUGCGUUGAAGGCUCCUUAUUCCUAGUUUAUGAGUAUAUAGAGAAAGGCGACUUAAGUCAACAUCUGCACAGCUCACGAAGGGAUCCAUUGCCGUGGUCUACUAGAGUGAACAUUGCAUUGGAUUCUGCAAGAGGACUUGAAUACAUCCAUGAGUAUACCGUUCCAGUCUACAUCCACCGUGAUAUUAAAUCAGCAAAUAUACUAAUAGACAAGAACUUCCGGGGAAAGGUUGCAGAUUUUGGGCUAACAAAAUUGACUGAAUAUGGAACUGCUUCGCUGACCUCAAAUCUUGCGGGUACAUUUGGAUACAUGUCUCCAGAAUAUACUCAAUAUGGUAAGAUUUCCCCGAAGAUAGAUGUAUAUGCUUUUGGAGUUGUCCUCUUUGAACUAAUAUCGGGCAUGGAGGCAGUGGGACUUGUUGCUUUGUUUAAAAAUGUGCUUAGCCGGCCUAAUCCAAGAGAAUAUCUUCAUAAACUUGUGGACCCUAGACUUGGUGAUGAUUACCCAUUUGACUCUGUGUGUAAGCUGGUUGAGCUUGCCAAUGCUUGUACUCAAGAGGAACCUCAACUAAGGCCAAGCAUGAGGUCUAUAGUGGUUGCACUAGUGUCGCUUUCAUCUUCAACUGAGGAUUGGGAUUUUGGUUCUUUCUAUGAAAAUUCCUGCUCUAGUCCAUCUAAUUUCUGGAAGAGGAUGCUCAUGAAGCCUCAUGUUAACUGGCGAUGCAUGGCUUUAAAGGUGACCUCAUGAAGAAAAAGUCGUCUCAACAAUCAUCUGUAAAUUCUGUUGCGAAGUACCCUAGGAGAUUUGAAAGGUGGAAGAAAUGUAGAUAUUGUGUGGUAGUUUACAUCAAUUUGUUUUCAGUCUCUUUUAAGAUUUUCUGUGUCACCAUUCAUUGGGAGUGAUUUACCUGGUGUUUGUAUGACUUGGCUUGGCAUAUUAAUUCAUGUUUAGGCAUAGAAAUGUUCCAGCUUCUACUUGAAUUGUUCCAUUCUUUCGAGUAGCUGAAUCUAUGCAUCUGGGCCAUGGUUGCAUUGAGAAUUUAGCAUUCGUUUGGAGGAAACCAACAGGCAGACACAUA